GAUCUACAUUUUUUGUUUGCUGGAGUUGUUGUAUAAAAAGCAAUACAAAUUUCGCCACUUUCAUUUUUGAUUUCCUAACAUUCAUUCAUAUAGCUUUUUAGCAGGAAAUCAUUUGACCACCAUCAUCAAACAAAACAAAAAUGCAAUUCCUGAUUUUAUUAGCCGCAUUAAUCGCCACCGUGAAGGCAAUUCCGCAACCUGAACCUGAACCGUAUUAUCAUUAUCCUACUACCGUACUUACAAAACAUUAUCAAACAUUGUAUGCACCAAUUACACAAAGUAAUUAUGGCAGUCAUGUUAAUCAUUUGGUACAAGUUCCAGCGCCAAUCUACAAAGGUGUGCCAGUACCCGAACCCUAUACUGUUCCACAACCAUAUGAAGUACCACGACCAUAUCCGGUAGAAGUGCCAAGACCAAUUCCAGUAGAAGUGAAACGAAUUGUACCAAUUCCAAUGGUAGCACAAGCUACACCAAUUUAUACUAAAUCCGUUGUUCAUGCACCACCAGUUUUACAUCAUCAACAUGGUUAUCAUGGUGGUCAAUUGUUGGCAGCCCAACCACAUCCAGAACCAGAACCAGCCUUAUUGGAACAUGGAUAUGGUCAACCUGAACCAUACAAUUAUCCAAACAUUCAUCAACAACAUCAACAGCCAUUGUUGGAACAUUACAAAAAAUAAAAUCAAUGCAAAGAGAGACUUAUAUAAUAUAUUUAAUCAAAUCAUAA